AUGACAAGCUUGGAGCAGAACGUUCAAUCGAAAAUCCAGUAUCUAUUCCAAUGGCUCAAGAACCCCUUCCAGCCAAGACAAGAGAUACGCGAGGGCUCAAAACUCAUGUACGACGUGCAGGUGGUAGAGGGCAUCGUAAAGAUCUUCAAAGACCUUGCAUCUCCCGAAGAGAUUCACAUCAUAUGCCACACCUUAUACGACGCCUACCUCUCGGGAGACAAGAAAUCCAGGCUCUUCGUCACCCUCCUUCUUCCCACCAUGCUUCUUACCUAUCUCGUCCACCUCCACACUGAUGCGGGGACAGCAUCGGCAGGGUCGACGGGUGUCAAACCGUCGUCUCCUACCCAGUCCCACCGUAACUCCCAGGCAACCUUCAGCCUCGAUGAUAUGUCCGUCCCCACUGGGCCAUUGGAAUCACUCGCCUUCCUCCUCUCCGAAUUUUGUCAACUCGCUCCCGCCUUCAUUCGAUGUCCUGAAUACUGCGGCAGUGGCGUUGCAAAUUUGCCCGACUAUGGAGUCGCCUCCGUCUAUCAUUCACCUCCCUUCAGUAUUGCCACAAAGUCCCAGACACCCAAAACCAUCACCACAAGCAGUAGUGUUGCUACUUUGAGGUUCAAUUACGCUACAAGCACUGGCACUCUACCCCCUCCGACUUUCCCUAACCCUGAUCCUGCUUGCAUAGUCCGCAUCUAUGCAGACAUUCUAACGCGUCAGUUUGUAGAGGGUACAGAUCAACAACAGGGUAUCGUAAUCUUUUCCAUCCGUACUUUCUGCGACCUCGUGGAGCGUCUCACUGCCUUGAACACGCAUCGCAUUCUAUCCUGCAGUCAACACCAUCACUCCGUUCUCCUCAUUGACCUCAGCAUUGCCAUUGAUAAGCUCCUCUUCAUGCUCUCCUUCGAGCUUUCCCAACCCGCAGACCCGAAUGCUGGUUCUGCAUCCCCUUCUGAUGAUAUGGAGGCGCUGCGAGAUCGGCUGUUUGAGGAACUUCUCCCAAGGCUGGAGCGUUACGCUAGCUACCACUGCUUUGCUUCAGUCUUGUUGGUGGUGGGUGCUAUUCGAAAUGCCUGGCUCCUACGCCUCCAUCCCUCCACCACUGUUAGUCUCGCCGCGAUGGCUCCCCUCUAUCGCAGGAUUCGCCUCACUUCAGACGAAACGGUGGAUCUCUCAGAUGCUCUUUCGGACGAAGCGAUGAAUGGCGUGCUCUCUCCUACGUCCGUUUCCACCCACCGGCCCUCUGUCUUUACCAACGCUAACUUCCGAGCAGAGCCAGUUGCGGAGGACAUUCCUAUCAGUGGUGAGCAGGAGGCAGCGACGACGGCAACGGAUCGAUGGAGGAAGCUGUAUCAGAACCACAACCUCACUCUUGGCAGUCAUAAUCACGUCCGUCAUCACCACCACUAUCAGCAACUACGGCAACAGCAGUACUUUGAAGAAGGACUGACUAGGAGUUCGGAAAACCUCCACUUCACGUUGUCGUCAUCUUCAUUAAGUUUGGACAAAGAUGGGCAGAACCAUAGGCGGGAUUUUGACGUCGUUGUUGACUUGGCUAUUGUUAUCAUCGUGAUCCUCGAUGAUUACUCGGCUUCUGUAACUGAUUGA